UUCUUUUUGAUGCUGCAUUGCCAAUCAUAGUAUCUCAGGCGUGUUGUUGUUUUUUGUUAGUUUGUGGCACAACUCCACUCAACCCCAAGAUAGUUGGAGGACAAGAUGCCCCUGCAGGCAGCUGGCCCUGGCAGGCUAGUCUGCAGAUGUCUGGAAGCCAUUUCUGUGGAGGUUCACUGAUCAACAAGGAGUGGGUUGUAUCUGCUGCUCACUGCUUUUCAAGCACCAAUCCAAACGGGCUGACUGUGUACUUGGGUCGGCAGACCCAGCAGGGCAGCAAUCCCAACGAAGUGUCCAGAAGCUUGGACAGAAUCGUCUUGCAUCCCAAUUACGACAGCGACACAAGUGACAACGACAUUGCUAUGCUGAGACUCAGUUCUCCCGUUCAGUUUAGUAACUUCAUCAGACCGGUUUGUCUGGCAGCCAGUGGCAGUGUGUUCAACAAUGGCACAGACAGCUGGGUAACUGGAUGGGGCAACAUUGGAGAAGGUGUUGCUCUCCCAUUCCCCGAGACCCUACAGGAAGUGGAGGUUCCAGUGGUGGGUAAUAGACAGUGCAACUGCCUGAACGGAGCUGGAACGAUCACAGAGAACAUGAUCUGUGCUGGUCUACUCGCUGGCGGAAAAGACUCAUGUCAGGGUGACUCAGGAGGUCCAAUGGUGAACAAGCAGCAAACGGUUUGGGUCCAGUCUGGGGUCGUCAGCUUUGGGUUUGGCUGUGCUCGACCUGAACUCCCUGGUGUUUAUUCAAGGGUGUCCCGCUACCAGUCCUGGAUCGGCUCCCAGAUCCAGAGCGACCCACCAGGCUUUGUCACAUUCUCCUCCCCUGGAGCCGAUGGUGACAGUAGCCACACCUGCCCUGGACUUCCGCCCCCACCCCCACCCUCCCCGGAUGUGACAACCCCAGCUCCCACUGAGAGUCCUUCAGCUGAUGCACCAGUGUGUGGUCGUGCAGCUCUAAACACAAGGCCUGCAGGUAAUGGGUCAGUUGUUGCAGGAAGCUGGCCAUGGAUGGUCAGUAUUCAGUGGAAUGGAGUACAUGUGUGUGGAGGCUCCUUGCUCAAUGAAGAGAUUUUGUUGAGUUCAGCAGAUUGUUUCGACAGUUCUCUGAAUAUUAGCGGAUGGACGGUAUUGGUUGGACCGCAACCCCAAAAGAAUGGACCAGAUGCCUUCCUGUUCUCUCUCGCUGUGGCCAACAUCACUCUCAGCAAUGCGACAAGCUCCUCCAACAUUGCAGUGCUGCAGCUAGAGUCCUCUGUGGAGCUCAGUGACUAUGUUCAGUCUUUGUGCAUGGAUCUAACUGACCAACGGGCCUUUUCAGUUGGGUCAACAUGCUGGGUCACUGGAUGGGGAGACAGGCAGAAUAAUGGAGACCUGGUACUGACAGAGAUGGAGACCACUCUGGUGGACUGUGAGAAUGCUGCCUCUACAGGGAGCAUUUGUACAACGGAUAUGAACAUACAGCAGGGAGAUGUUGGAGGCCCGUUGGUCUGCAAGUCGGAUCAGUCAUGGUUCCAGGCCGGAAUAAUCAUGGGUGUCCCUCAGAGGAGCUUGACCCGAGCACAAAACAUUCUGACCUUCUCCAAACCCUCUACGUUCAGUGCCUUCCUACGAGAGACUGUUGUGGAUUUACCAUCCCCUCUCACUCUCACCACUGCUGCCCCUAUGACUUCUACUGUCCAGACGACCGAUUACGACGACGACAUCGAUAGCAUAGCAGAUAAUGCGCCUCCUGGCUCACUUUCACUCUCUUUCCUUCUCUUCAUGAUUUCAGCCUUUGUCUCUCUAUGUUGGUAGGGUAUGAAAGCUGAGACAAGAAAGCAUUACUAUGAUAUGGUAUAUGGGCUUGAUAUGGUACUAUUUUAAUAUUCUAAUUGCACUUAAAAGGUAUGAUUUAGUGAUGUGAGGACAUCAGGGUGGGAACAAAAUAGCUGAGGUGGGAGAAAAUGACCUCGAUAACUGCCAUGAUGAUCAAAAAGUGUAUUGAAUGUGUAUUGUAACAUGAGUUGCACAAAUGUUUUCAUGCUAAUAUAAAUAUAAUAUAGGUGUCUUUGCUCAUUCACUUUUGUGUUUACAUCAUAGAUAGGAAUUAUUAUGAAAGAAAUGUUUUAAAUUAAUCUUUAUGGACAUUAAGUCUUAUCUGAUGCAGUGAUAUUUAUUUUCAUUGUUGUUACAACAGCCUCAAAUACUUCCUCAGUAUAACUCUUAUAAUAAAUAAAAUAGCAUACAUCAGUUGAAACAUUAAAUGGCCUAUACUAAAAGACUAAUUGUGGAAUACCAUACAUGUUAUUAUUCGUUAUAGGAACAUCAUUUGCACAUGCAGAAAUCACCUGCCUGACUCUCACCAACAGGCCAAGUGUCAUAUUACUCCUGUACCUAUUGUCUUCUCCUGCCUUACAAAGACCUAGAUGAUCUUACUCUCCCUGUUUGACAACCGUUUCCCCUUUUAACCAACUGCACUUAAGGCCCUCUCCUCUGAAGGCCUGCUUACCAUUCCCCCAUCUAAUCCUCAUAACCAGUAUGGCAUAUGCUCAGUAUCAUAGAAGUGUAUGGUUCUUGCAUGUUUUAUUUGGGCUUUUCUUUCCUUUCUAUAAUUUGUUGU